AUGAUGGGCUCCGCCGUCGCGUCCCUCGCGGAGAUCGCGAUGCCGCUCUUCGCGGCGGCGGCGUCGUCGUCGAUGGCGUCGUCGGAGAUGCUGCUGCUCCUGCUCCGGUCGGAGAUUGACGCGCUGUCGCACGCCUUCGUCGGCAAGAUGGCCGACGAAUUCGCGACGAGCCAGCACCGCGCGAAGCAGGACCGCAAGCGCGCGCGCGCGGAGGCCGCCGGCGCCGCGGACGACGGCGAAAAGGUCGAGAUGAUCGUCGACGUGAACGACACCGUCGCGAAGCGCAUCAAGGCCUGCGUCCUCCUCGAGUACAGCGGCCUGGGCGUCACGAAGAUCAUGAACGCGCUCGGCAUGAACGCCCAGAACUUCAAGACCGCGGGGUGGUACGAGAAGUACCUGGAGCACGGCAUCGGCGCGCUGUUCUCCGACGGGCGCCACAAGGUCGCCAAGCAGAUGACGCCCAACACGAAGAGCUUGGUCGAGGAGAAGGCGCGCAAGGGCAUGAACGCGCCCGACAUCGUCGUCCAGGUCGCCGAGCAGCGGCGCAAGUCCGGCGACGACCGCGAGGCGCCGAGCGUGCGGACCGUGCGGCGCACGCUCGUCGACUUCGGCGCGAGCUACUCGCACAAGGGCGAGAAGCACAUGGUGCUCACGCCGUGGCACGCGCGGUGGCGCGUGCAGUUCGCCCAGGAGUGGCUCGCGAAGAUCCUCCGCGACCCGAACCUGCUCAAGCGCAAGCUCUUCACGGACGAGAAGAAGUUCGGGCUCUACGACAGCCGCCACGGGUCGUGGAAUACAAUGAUCGAGUGGAAGAAGGACAACCGCGCGCUGCCGCACACGAAGGCGCGCGGCCUCUACCGCGCGUUCUGCUGGGCCGGCGUCGGCUACAACAUGAAGACGAACCUGAUGUGGCUCGACCAGGGCGAGACGCUCAAGAAGGACCGCUACAUCAAGAUCCUCGAGGAGGGCCUCGUCCCGCGGCUCCCGGAGUUCUACGAUGCCAUCUCGGACUCCUGCGACGUCCGCAACACGCGCGCGAUCACGAUCGAGGUGAUCCAGGACAACGACCCGAAGCACUGGAACGACCAGACCGCGGCGCUCUUCCGCAAGCACAAGCUCGCCUCCGUCGCGUCGAAGCGCUGCGACGCCGAGGGCAACUUCCCGGACAAGGCGCCCGGCCCCGGCGGCCACAUGCAGACGCAGGACACGCCGAAGUUCCCGUGCUACUCCCCGGACAUCAACUCGCCCAUCGAGUGCUCCUGGCGCGAGUGCCAGCGCCGCGUGCUCGCGCGCGCGGGCGAGAUCCGCAGCCGCGACCAGCACAUCAAGAUCGUCGAGGAGGAGUGGAAGAACCUCGAGUUCGAGCGGAGCGACAAGUGGUGCGGCAUCAACCACCUCGUCAUGCGGACGCCCGACUGCCUCAAGGAGGUCAUCGAGCAGGAUGGGUUCGACACCUCCUACAUGAAGCACUAG